AUAACACUAUUACAUAUGUAUUAAAAUAUAAAAAAAGAUAAUUUAAUAAAAGUGCGAUGGGAAAUAAAGUGGCAACCUUCACCGAGGAACAACUCGAAGAUUAUCAGGAUUGCACAUUUUUCACACGCAAGGAAAUUCUGAGAAUAUUUAAGAGAUUUCGGGAGAUAGGAGAUCCUGGAAUGAUACCACGUACUAUGACGCCUCAAGAAGCGGCAUCGCUCCGUUUACCCCUCUCGCAUUUGGCUCGUAUUCCUGAACUGAAGGAGAAUCCGUUUAGGGAACGUAUCUCGGAAGUUUUCACGCGACGUCAGGAUUCAGGACAUUCGACAUCCAGUUGCAAUGGGAUCUGCUUCGAGGAAUUUCUCGAAAUGAUGUCCGUGUUCUCCGAGCAGGCACCAAGAGAUCUGAAAGUUUUUUACGCUUUCAAAAUUUACGAUUUCGAUGAAGACGGGGUGCUGGGUUUGGGGGACUUGGAACGCACCUGUCGGCAGCUGACUCGAGGUGGGCUAAACGUCGAAGAAGUGGCUACCGUGUGUCGAAAAGUUUUGGAGGAGAGCGAUAUCGAUGGCGACGGGGCUCUGUCUUAUUUGGAAUUCGAACACGUCGUUACUAGGGCCUCUGAUUUCAUGGCAACUUUUCACAUACGGAUAUGAACUGCAUUUUGCGCUUCGUGCGAUGUAAUUAGUGACUAUUCGCUAGCUUCUGCUCGAGCUCAAUGAAGAUUCUUGGCCGUUUCUUCGACAGCGGCUUUUUCGACAUAUCCAGUUUACACGUCGAUAGUGAGCGGAGCUGGCGGCGGAGGUUACGCUUGGAGGUUCCCUGAGGCGGAAGAGAA